AUGAAUCCACUGUGGUUCUUCCUCUUUCUGCUGUCAACUCCUAGAGGUGUCCUGUCCCAGGUGCAGCUGCAGGAGUCGGGGCCCAGCCUGGUGAAGCCCUCGCAGACCCUCUCCCUCACCUGCACGGUCUCCGGAUUCUCAGUAACCAGCUAUGCUGUAGGCUGGGUCCGCCAGGCUCCAGGAAAGGGGCUGGAGUGGCUUGGUGCAGGUUAUAGUGGAAGCGCAUAUUAUAACCCAGCCCUGAAGUCCCGGCUCAGCAUCACCAGCGACACCUCCAAGAGCCAAGUCUCCAUGUCACUGAGCAGCGUGACCCCCGAGGACACGGCCGUCUAUUACUGUACAGACACACAGAGCCCCAGUGCCGGGAUUCCCAGGUGCUCCCACCCAGGGCUCAGGACUGAACUCAGACGACUCACCAUGGAGUUCUGGCUGAGCUGGGCUGUCCUUGUAGCUAUUUUACAAGGUGUCCAUUGUGAGGAGCAGCUGGUGGAGUCUGGAGGAGGCUUGGUGUCGCCUGGGGGGUCUCUGAGACUCUCCUGUGCAGCUUCUGGAUUCACCUUUGCUGAUUUUGCCGUGAGCUGGUUCCGCCAGGCUCCAGGGAAGGGACUGGAGGGGGUCGCAGCCAUUAGUGGUGAUGCCAGUCAGGCUAAAUACGCAGACGCUGUGAAGGGCCGCUUCACCAUCUCCAGGGACAACGCCAAGAGCACGGCGACGCUGCAGAUGAACAGCCUGAGAGCCGAGGACACGGCCGUGUACUACUGCGCCCGAGGAUACGCCGUGAGUGGACGAUCCUGCACAACCAAGCAUUACUAUACACCAGCUGCCCCUGCCGGGAUGCUGGCUCUUGGCUUCUCUGCUAACCUCUGUCAGGAGAAGUGUAAGUGA